AUGAUUCUUCCUAUGUUAUUCCAUCACCCUGAUCUAGUUGUUAUCACAACUGGGAUUAUCUUCGCGGUUCUGUUACUUUUAACACCUAUAUGUAUCUACCUAUUGCUGCGUCAUAUACGCUAUAAAAAACAAUCAAACGCUGCUAUUGCUAAGAAACGAUUGCUGUACUCUUCACCGGCAUCACUCGAACCGCAAAUUUCCAUAAAUGCCACAAAGCGUUUUGUUUUCCCAUUACAAAAGCUGGAAAGUCCAAACAUAUCAACCCAAGUUAUCAAUGAAACAGGUUCACCAUUCUCCGAAAGUGCAUCGAAUACUUACAAAACAUUCGAUAUGCCCAAACGCUGCCAACGACACUUGUCAUCUGAUUCAUCAUAUACAAGCUCCAGUCAACGUCGAUCUUAUCCACUUCCCUCGAUUUCAUUCGAUGCGAUUAAAUCAAAAAUUCAACAUGUCCAUCGUCGUUCAUCACCACUAUCAACCCGCCGGUUACAACCUAUUGAUUCUGAAUUAACUUCCGUUGUACAUUCGUCCGAUUCCGAUGAUCAAGACAAUGAAUCAAUACCACCGUCUUCAUUUGAAUAUUCUUUAGCUGAGUUAUUUCGUAUGGAAUUGAUCUACAAAUUGCACUACUCGAUUGAUGAUAGUCAAUUGUAUUUUCAAAUUAUUCGAUUAAAUUGUAUUCAACCAUUGAUUGAACGAUGUUUUCCAUCAUUUAUUUGUAAAAUUCGUCUAUGUGCAAAUGACGAUAAACGAAAAACGAAAAAGUACUUUUCAAAGAAAGAUCCAAUCAACGAAAUAUUCAAAUUCGAUGUGAAUCAAUAUGCAUUAGAACAAAGUUAUUUGAAGAUUCAUAUACUUGGACAUCAUAAAAAUGAUAAACGAGUUGAAUUGGGUAAUACAAUACUUCUUUUAAAUCAAUAUGAUAAUUUAAUGAUUCGAUCGGGACACUAUUCGGAUGGAGGAUUGACAGCAAGCGAGCAACACACGAAAUCAAUCCAAAUAUAUGAAGAACGAAUUGAUAUGAUUACACAACAACAAGCUAAUUUAACAGAAAAUGAGCCUCGUGCAUUGAUUUGCUUAGUUUAUGAAAAUGAACGAUGUUUACUUCAAGUAGGAGUGAUUAAAAUUCUAGGAAUUCAAUCGUUACUAAAAGCUCCAGUUGGUCAUUCUCAUCAUCGAGACUUGAUUCAAAUGAAAAUAUGCACAAUUGUCGAUGGAAAGGUAACAGCUAAACGUAAAUCAAAAGCCAUUCCCGUUGAUAAAAAUGUAUUUACAUAUAACUGUUCAUUUCAUUUGGAAUAUCUUUUACUUCAUAAAACAUCCGUUCGUGUAACAAUAUGUUAUCGAAAAACUCUGAUGAGUUCGCAAAAUAAGGUUUUAUCAAUGGUUGAAUUCGGUUCAACACAAGUUAAAAAUCAACAAACGUUUCAACAUUGGACAGAUACAUUAUCUUCUCCCAACCGUCCACAUGUUCAUUGGCAUACUCUUCAAAUGAUUGAAAGUAAAUAG